CGCUACUCCAGGCUGAUACCUUUGCAGGCGGUUGUGUGAGUCACUCACAGCUUUAGGGAACAGAACAGCGGGGCUGCAACAAGAGGAGGCAGGAGUGGAGUUAAACUGAAACCUGAAACUUUCUACUCAGAGAAAAUCUAUCAACCGGACUCUUGAAGCGUUUCUCCAUUUUAUUUUUCUCCUGAAGCAGGUCUGUUCUAUACUCAAAUCUCUAUUGUGAAAACUCCAUUGUGAACUAUAUUUUACUUCUAUUCUGCAACCUUCUGCUCUGAAGAAUGAGGUCCACUGAGCCUUUGUGCCUCUGGAGAAUCAUCCCUCUUGCUUUGACCAUGGCACUGGUAUCAGUGAGCAGAGCAUCUGAAUAUGAAUACCUGAGCUGGAAAUCGGACAUUUAUAAUGGUGGCCGCAGCUAUGGCAAGCCUCCUCAGUGUGUGGAUAUCCCAGAGGACUUGAGGCUGUGCCACAGUGUGGGCUACAACCAGAUGCUGCUGCCUAACUUACUGGAGCAUGAGACUAUGGCGGAGGUAAAACAACAGGCAGGCAGUUGGGUGCCCCUGGUUCAUAAGAGCUGCCACCCCGGCACCCAGGUUUUCCUCUGUUCCUUGUUUGCCCCAGUUUGCAUGGAUCGCCCCAUAUACCCAUGCCGCUGGCUGUGCGAGGCUGUACGGGAUGGCUGCACCCCUAUCAUGGAGUCGUUUGGCUUUCCUUGGCCUGAGAUGCUCACCUGUGACAAGUUUCCCCAGGACGACGUGUGCAUUGCCAUGACUACACCCAAUGCCACCGAAGCUACCAAGCCCACAGGUUACCCCUUCAUCUGUCCCCCAUGCGACAACGAAAUGAAAACAGACGCCAUUCUAGAGCACAUGUGUGCCAGCGAGUUUGCUAUCAGGACCAAGAUCAAGGAGGUGAAACGGGAAGGCACGGACCGCAAGGUGAUUCUUCAGAAAAGUAGGAAGCCGUUGAAAUCAGGCAACUUGAAGAAGAAAGACCUAAAGAAACUGGUUCUUUACCUGAAGAACGGAGCGGAUUGCCCCUGCCAGCAGCUGGACAACCUGGGCAACACUUAUCUGAUCAUGGGACGCAAGGUGGACAAGCAGUAUCUUCUUACUGGCAUCCACAAAUGGGAUAAGUCUAGCAAAGAAUUCAAAAAGGCCAUAAAGAAACUCAAGAACCACAAGUGUCCAGCAUUUGAGAAUGUCUUUAAAUAAUCAGGCCAGCAUUUUUAUGAGCAUCUCAUUAUCAUGAUCCAUAAGAACUUGCACAACCAAACAACCCAAAUUUGUUUAACUUUUUAUUGUUUUUGUUCAUAUAUCUAUAUAUAUAUAUCUUUGUAUAUUUACAGUCCUGCUUUACAUCAUCUAUUUUCCAGUCAACCAUUGUGAUUAUUGAUACCUCCUGAUAUCCGGUUGGGUUCCCCGUUAUCUGAAAAUGUAGAUGACACUGCAGCCCCUUUCAUCCCUACUGAGACCAUUUUCACUUUGUGUAUGUAGAUAUGUGUUACACCCUCCUAGAGAAUGCAGUAAAAAGACAACUUCGGUAAGGUCUGCUGAAAUAGAUGGACUUGCUCCUCUUGUUCUGAACAUUUAUUAGUAUAUCAUGGAAUUGAUUAGUAGAUUAUAUUGAAUAGAUUAUACAGAAUCAAUGAUUACUUGUAUUUUAGCUUUAAAAGCCACAGUAGAUAAGGCAUGGAAUAAGGUAAUUUAAUAACUCAUUGACAAUAGUAUGGUUUCAAGCCUUCACCUGAUUGUCUGAUCAAAAUAAUGACUGCACUAAAGUUGAUAAUAAUAAUUUUGUCCUUUGUUCAGUUGUCACAUUUGCCUAAUUGGUCUAUCAUUUUCUUUUACUUCAUAAAUUCCCAUAUAUCAACUGCAUCAUCUGACUCAAGAUAAAUUCUGCCUAAUGGUACAGUAUAUGAAAUGUACUUUGUGCCAAACUUUAGAUGUCAUGCAACAUGCAUUGUUCUGUAUUUCAACCAAAUUGCUCAAACGUUUAAGUUGCUCUGAAAAUUAAAUGUCCUGCAUUUGUAUAUGAUGUUAGAUAAUAUUAGACCAAAGUAAUUGUUCUUUUUUGUCCAUGCAGUCUUCAGUUACCAUCCGUCUAGAUCAGAGGUAUUCAACUCUUACCCUACGAGGUCCAGAGCCUGCUGGUUUUCUGUUCUACCUCAUCAUAAAUUGCACCCACCUGGUGUCCCAGGUCUUAAUAAGUCCCUGAUUAGAGGGUUGCAAUGAGAACAUGGAGUGGAAUUGGCCUUGAAGUCCAGAGUUGAGUUUGAGGGCUCUAGAUUGAUGUUCAUUAAGUUUGAGACAACUUUGUGUAGCCUCACAAUUUGAAAAUGAAAAUAGUGGAUUGAUAAAUUUGUAUUUUGAUUGUUUUAUUCAGUAUUGCUGAUCCAUCAUAGCACUAUCAAUAUUACUGAAUGUGAAUGUCUGCAGUGCCUUGCUGCCUAUUGUUCUGUACAUACAAAUGUUACAUAAAUAUAGAAAA